ACAUUUCUUCAAUCUCUAAGCUUCCAGCUUUUAUCUUUUACCUUCGCCCAAAUCCUUCUCUUCUACUUCUCUUCUCCCUCUCUUCUCCAAUGGCUUCCUCUAAUCCUAAUCUCCCAAUUCCUUCAAUAGAUUUCCUCUGAAACUUCCCAACCCAACCCACGUUCUUUCCUCCAACAACACACAGUUUAGGCCAUGGCAUUGCCAUUGCAUUUGGCGUUCUGGAUCGCCGAUAUGGUUUGGGGUGCCUUUAGCGGCUGUAUUUCUUCUUGUUUGGCCUUUGCCGACGAAGUCGCCAGCUCCAUCAGAACUGGCGAUAUUGGCGCUUUUCACAUUGGCUGACCGGGAUUUCUUCGAUUUUCAUCAAUUCUUAACUCUCUGAGAUGGUGGCUUGGCUUGGGGGCUUAGAUAACUUGAGGUUGAAGACUUGCCUGUAACUAUGAAGAUUAUUUACCUUAAUCUAGCUAGUGAAUGGAUGUCAAGCGUCCCUACUAACGAAAUUAGAUUGUGAGGCUGUUGCAAUGUGAUCAACAGUUAGUCGAUAUGUGAGAGAAACUUUGAAAGUACUUGAAAGGUAUAUAGAUUGAAGACUUGUUCAAUUGUUAUGAUGAGACAUUCAGACCGUGGUAUCUUUUAGUGAACAACUUUUUUCUAAGAGACUAUAUAUGGAGCAACGACAGAACUAACGAGCUAUAACUUCCCUACCUUGCAAGUUCAUAUAUGUAUACUUGCUCAAGAUAGUAGAGAUUUAUGAAUUCUUUUUUCUAAUAGUAUGUGGAGUGGGUGAAUCGAACAUUGGAUUUCGUGAUUGAUGGCAUAACUUUAUAAACAUUAUGUCAGUUAAACGAUGCUGAUUAUAUGUGAUAAUGAAAUUUACUUAUAUUUUUGUUUUUUAA